AUGCCGUCUGAGCCUGGAUCGUCUAGCACGGUGGCGUUUUGUUCAUCGGCAUGCUUGGAGUUCGUGUGGGCGGGUUCUGUUACCGUCCACGGCAAGAACGUCACGGGGUUCUCUUCGCUGCACCAGAUGUUGAAGCAGAUGUUGGUCGAUCAUCGGGAGGUGUGCUCGAAGGGCGGCGGCAGCAGCGGCAAUCGUCAGAGAGAGAGCGCUGCCGCGGGUGUCAGCGUUGACAGCGAUCGGCACAUCAUCUCCGCGAAGAUGGCCACCUUCAUCGACGACGAGGGGCAGUUCAUCGCCCUCAAGGCUUUCGCGAUCCAGUUGAAGUCAGGCGGGGCUGCCCAGCACCCUGCUUCGCAGAGCGCCCUCUUCAGGAUCCUGACCGAUGCCGACCUCGUCGGCCACCUGUCCAUCGAGCAGAUCCUCGACUACUGCAUCUCCGUCGCCGAGCACGCGUUCCCCUCCGAGUGGGCCGACAUCGCCAGGGAGGUGUUGGCGCUAGGGAGGGUGCCGUGCAGCGUGGCCAUGAUAUGGGAGAACACACAAGAGGUCUUACGUUUCGGUUCGUUUCGGGCCAGGUUGAUCAUGCAAGCGAUUGCUUUCGCCAUCGGGAAGCCUGGCGCCACCGUGAACUCCAUCGACGCUGCAGAGUUGGCUAACCUGACUGCGCAGGUCGGCAGCGACCUCACGAGUUGCAUCGAGAACGCAGGGUCGCACGACAUCCAGCUGGCGGGCAAGGAGAAGCAGACGGAGUGGUGGUCGACGUUAUUGAAUGAUAUGCGCAGGAACCAGCACGCGCUGAAGGACAUCACGAAGCACAGCCCAGUGGCCAACACGGAUGCCGCGACUACCUCUGACGCUGGCGCGGGCGCAGCUCAGGGCAGCAAUGGCCAGCUGUCCCAGUUCCAGGUCAAGAUGGAGGCGAAGGGCGGCGAGGGCGACGGCGGCGUGCUUGCCUGCGACGGUGGAUCCAAGCAGCCUGGGCCCGAGCGUGAGCCCGACGCGCCCAAGAUGGCGAAGGAGGUUCAGGUGCUCGCGACCGAGACUGUCAACCUUGCGAGUUUCUACAGGUUCAGGAUGGCGGCUGACGAGGUCGACCUGCCCUUCAUCAAGAUGAUCGAGGCGGAGGCCGAGAAGCAGGUGUGGAACUACUACAAGAGCUUCUCCCAGCACUGGGGGAACAUCAGCAUCAACUUUCGUGCCAAGGACCCGACGCUGGAAAUCGACCUGACGAAUGAUGAUCUGCGCUUGCCGUUCGCUGGCUCGGUCACUACUAACCCGCCCAAGGACGGCAUCAAGCUCGGUGAGCUCUACGGCGUCCCGUUUUACAUGGUCGGGAACGCGUCGCUCUUCUCGGAGAUCGCGGUCCCCGCCUACAUGGUCAAGGUCGUCGAGAAUGACCCCGCCAUGGAGAUCUAUUGGCACGACCUGCAGCUGAACACGUCCGCGCAGGCGCCGCAGCAGAAGAAGACGGGCAUGAGCCAGUUCAUGUCGCAGCAGCGCCUCGCCUUGAAGGUUCCAGCGUUGAAGCCUGCGCCGUCCACGACGGACGCACCGAUUACAUGUGAGACUAAGCCCACCCGUGUGGCCCUGUCGGGCGAAGCUGGUGUUGUGCGGAAGCGCAGGCAGCAGCACGCCCCUGGCGCCGCGAAGCUUGCGCCACGUUUCGGCGUCGCCGCCUAUAAGACUGCGCUGGCCGCCGCUGCAGCCGCUGCAGCAGCUUCGAAGCAGGCCGCUGGCGGCGACGGUGGCUCUGACGGAGCAAGCGCUGCUGGUGGCGGGCCGAUCUCGCUCGACCCCGUGCUUGUGAAAGCAGGCAAGCACCUCCUUCGCUAG